CACACACUGAUAAUGUUAAUGAUGUCUUUACAACCAUGGUCACUAACUUAGUAGUAGCAUUUCUUUUAUUUUUCGGAAAAACUGCACUCAGUGAUGUUGAAAGGAGGAAAGGGGUGUAUUUUGAGUAUAUUCCGCCCAAGUCGGUACCAGGAGAUGAGAAACGGGGGAAACCUGCGUUGAGAAUGGGAAGUCAAGAGAGCAAUGAAGAUGAUAAUAUAAAGUCGAUGCUGGAAGAGAACUAUAGGUUUAAGAGCGAUCAUAUAGCCACAAGAUUUAAAAUUGCUACGGAGAAGAUAGAGGAAGAGACCCUAACCAACAACGAUGGUGACAUGUCGUGGGUGUUCCGCACGUUCGCCGUGCGGCGCAUCGUCGGCGGCAUGGAAACCAGUAUUAGCAUGUACCCGUACAACGUGGCCAUAUCCCGCACCGGACGUCAUUGGUGUGGCGGGUCUAUCAUCGACGAGCAGUGGGUGCUUACGGCCGGACACUGCUUUGAAUCAGCACACGACAAUGACAAGAAGAAACUGGCCGUGUUCAUAGUACGCGCAGGGAGCUCUUUUCAUAAUAGGGGAGGAUACCAGGCUAGAGUCAACAGAGCGUUCUUCCCCUCUAAAUACGUUCCCGGCAACGCAGACUACGACUUCGCUCUGGUCCGCCUGGACCGGCCCAUGCCCAUCGGCCGCAACAUCGCGGUCCUGAACCUACCCUCUCAGGAGUACCUGAUCAAACCGGGAGACAUCCUGAUUGUCUCUGGCUGGGGCAGUACUCAUGAAACGGGGGCAGGACACAUACCUGAACGUCUCCGCUUCGUCCCCGUGCCGGCGAUGAGGCUUUCCCAGUGCCAGAGCGCGUACCGCUUCUACAUAACUCCUCGGAUGAUGUGCGCCGGGUACGCUACUGGCGGAAAAGAUGCUUGUAACCACGAUUCUGGUGGUCCCGCUGUUCGUGACGGCGUCCUCCUCGGGAUCGUGUCGUUCGGCGGCAAGCAGUGCGGGGACCCUCACUCCCCGGGCGUCUACAGCAGGGUGUCAGAGAUGACGUCGUGGGUGGAGAAGACCAUCGCAGACAACGAGUGCGCCGAUGUGCCGGAGCUGCAGGAGAAGAUUAUGAAAGCUAGGGAGAGAGAGCAGGACUUACAAAGAUUUAAAGCCCGCGUAGAAGACAAGAAGAACCGAAUCAAGAAUUGGUUACGGGAAACCUUACAAUCGCCGAGUUUCAUAGAACUAGCUAAAAGGAAGCUGAGCGAGGCACAAGCUAUGCGCAGAAGCUUCACAGAAACACUCUAUGAACCCCAAAAUGUAACCGACUUAGAUGAUUCUGAGAUGGACGACAUCAAUCUGUCAAAUCUAAUACACGACAGGAUCUUACAAAGCAAUGAUGGGAAUGAAGAUGAGAAUAUGCUAAGUACCUUGGCGCUUAGGGAUAUCAUGUUGAAUGAGGGUAAAGGGAAAACGGCUAAGGAUGGAUUUGAGGAGUUGAUGGCGUUCGUUUCGAGGGAUGAUCCAAGCCCACCUUUAAAAGAAAAAGAAAAUUUUACACAAGAAGAUGUUACACGAGAAAACGUUACACAAGAAAAUGUUACACGAGAAAAUGUUACACAAUCUUAAGUAAGCGUUCGUGGAAUUGCUAAUAAAACGUAAUGUCUU